UGGUAGUUAGAAGUUGGUCAUUGGUGUUUUAUACAAUUUGUUUUUAUCAAUAAAAGGUGGUUUACUGUGGUUAGGUUUAUUAAAAAUACUAGUUUUAAUGUCCCUGAGUCAAAGGAAAAUAUGUCUGAAACUACUAAAAUCGACAAUAAUCCCGAUAAUGAACCAACUAGUGUGGUGGAUUCCAAUUUAGCAGUCCCCAGCGAUGUGUCAAGUAUUGCAGGCAGUGUUAGAACUAACAAGCAGACAACAUCAGAAAGGCAAAUUAAGUUUGAAAGGGCCCAAAAGUGUUUAGAAAAUGCGGCUCUUGUAUCAAAACGAAUUAAAGAACAUCGGAAAGCUACUGCAGAGUUGCUGGGACGUCCAUUUGAAGAUGAUAAUGCUGACACUGAAAUGGCAUCCACCAUGAGUGAAAAGACCAAUUAUUCCAUAACUACAGACACAUCCACUACCUUAUCUGUGCAAGAUGCAUUAAAUAUUCCUGGAAUAAGUGAAAGCUUGGCAAAUACUUUAAAACAAAAGGAAAUAUUAAUGGAAAGGAUAAAACAAUAUAAAGAAAUUAGCAAAAGACCUAUUAAAAGAAAUACACCAGUGACCAAGAGAGAAUCAAGUGAAUCAAUGGAAAUAAAAAAGAAUCUUGACAAUACUGAUGUAACAAAGCUUACAAAUACAAUUAAAGAGAAAGAAAAUGCGUUAAGCAUUAUGCAGGUAAAGUUACGUGCAAUGGAAACUACCAUAUUGGAUUUACAAGAGAAAAUUAAUGAAAAAGACCAAAUCAUAGCGUCAAAAAAUAAGGCCACUACUAUUAUAACAGACAGCUUAAGUAAAAAAGAAAAAGAUACUUUAGAUUUAUUGGAUGACACAAAACAGCACAUGACUAAAAUGCAAAAUAACUUUGUGGCAAUGGAAAUGGAAUGGAAGGAAGAAAAACAAAAGUUAUUGACAGAGAUUCAAGAAAAAGACAAUAAAAUUAAAAACUUAGAAGAAGCAAAUACUAUUUUAGAAAAUUCCCGAUUUGAAUUGAGCAUUGAAAACUCCAAACUAACUGAAGAGUUAAAUUUGAAAUUAAAAGAAAUAUCUGAGUUACAAGAUAAAUUAAGAGAAAUAUCAGAUAAGAAACCAACAAAAGAAGCAAAUGUAGAACAAGAAAAAGGUUCCUUAGAAAUAAGUAACAUGGAAGAGCUAUCGAAAAAAAUAGAACUAUUGGAGCAGAUAAAUUGUCAAAUCCGUCAAACUAAUAAGGAACUUGAGAAUCAGCUGUCCUCUGUAAGUACCCGAGCCAAGUCGCCAGGUGUGAAGAGUAGUCCAGUUCCAACGAGAAAAGGUGGUCGCAACACUGCUUCAAAGAUGAAGUCGCCUUGGAGUCAGUUAUCAUCGGAAUCUUUGCCACAAGACGCAGAAAAAAAAGGCAAGGGUGACAAAUCAAAGAGUGAUAUGAUAUUACAAUCAUUAAACAAAGACAUUCUGGACAAAGAGAUAAUUAUAAGCCAAAAAGACGAAACCAUAUCUGAAUUGGAAAGUAAAAUUAAAGAGAAAGAUGAAGUUAUCGAUAAUCUACAAUCACAAGUUCCGUUACAAGAUAAAGAAUAUGCUGAUGUUUGUAUGAUGACAGAAAUCAAGGAGCAAAGCCAAUCGAUUGAUCCCUCAACAUUUGACGUAAAUGAAUUAAACGAAAAGUUGAAAGCUGCCGAAGAUCAAAUUGCGGCUCUUAAUAAUGAAAUUGAUAUAGCCAAUAAGAAUAUGAUAAAAGUUAAAUCUAAUUCUAAGCUAAAGAUAAAGCAAAUGCAAAAGUCGAUAGACAAUUUUAGUAAAAUAUCUGAUGCUAAUGCUGAAAUUGUUAAAUUAAAUGAGGAACUUCAUCAGCUUUCACAGAAAGUUGCAGAAUUAGAAGAAGAAAAGGGUAACUUACAAUUACAUCUUGUGGAUUAUGAUGGUGGACGACUAACAGAAUCUGAGGUUUAUAAAAAGCUGGUUGAAGUGGAGAAUUUAGCAGAAGCAAGACUUAAAUCUAUAACCUUACUGGAAACCCAGAAGUUUGACUUAGUUCAAGAACUUCACAAUUUACAACAAAAGGCAUCUGAAAUGGAGGAUAAACUUGCAGACAUGUCAAUACUACAAAAUGAACAAGUUUGUUCUGAAAUGAAACUAGUUCAGUUAGAAGAGCAGAUAGAUAACUUCAGUUCUUCAAAGAAAGAAAUGGAAAUAAUAAUCGAAAAUUUAAAGUUGGACAAAGAACAAUUAAACGGAACCAUUAAAAUCCUUGAAAGUGAUAAAGAUGAAAUAUCCCGUAAGCUGGAGAGUUAUAUUCAAGAAAAUAUAGAACUUACUGACAAAUUAGAAAAACUAAGUGCAGAAAAAGUAAGCUCAGCUGAAUCAAUAGAAAUUGUUGAGUCCUUAACAACUCAAGAAAAAAUGGAAUUAGAAGAAUAUAACAGAGGCCUUGAUUCAGGUAAGGAUGCAGUAGAUGCAAGUAGUAAGGCUAAAUUAUCCAAAGAAGAAUUGAUCAAUGAAGCUGAUGAGUUAAGAAAGAAAAUUGAGCUAUUUACUGCCGAGAGACAAGAAGUAAUGGAGAAAAUGAAUAAAAUUUCUAUGGAAAAUGAGUCUCUUCUGAACAAUAUAAAUGAAAUUCAAGAUGAACACAGUAAACUUUCACGAAAUAUUGCAUUCUUAACUGAAGAAAAACAGAAGUUGGUCGCUAUAAAUGAAGAUUUGAAUCACCAAAUAGACGAGCUUAAGCGAGAAAGGAUAGAGGUUUUAAAAGAAACUGCCGAAGUGACUAAAAGAGCUAGUAUCGAUGAUGCUAUUGAAGGCCCGUCUGUGGAUUUGCCUCCAGAAGACAAAUCUUCUUCCGAUAAAAGUAAUAACCGGUCCAAAUCCGUAAAACAACUAACUAAAGAAAUUUUAAAACUGAAGAAUAUUGUAAAAGAAAGAGAAGAUGAAAUAGCAGACUGCCAAAUGAAAAUAUUAUCAUUGGAAGAGCAACAAGAGAAGCAGAAAGAAUUAUUGCAAAGCAAUUCUUCUUAUGAAGCAACAGUUAGACGCUUGAAUGAUGAAAAUAACCAACUAAGAAAUGAAAUUUCUAAUCUUCAAAAAGAUUCGGAAUUAAUUGAAAUAACUAAGAAAGAUAAUGAAAUAUUACAAUCGGAAAUGCAGAAAGUGCACCAAGAGUACAGUUCAGCUAUCAAUAUGCGUGACACGAGAAUCUACGAAUUGGAAAAAGCUCUUGUAGAGUACGAAAAGCAAGCUAUUUCAUACGUAAAUUCAUUGCAACAAAAAGAUAAAGAAAUAUCUGAAUAUAUAAAUCAGAUUACAAAACUAAACGAUAUAACUCAAAAACUUAAGUCUACACUAGAUUUACUUGAAGAAGAAAAGGCCAAAAAUCAAAACGCAGAGUCUGUUAAAUCCUUGAAUAAACAAAUAUCUAUGAACCAAAAAACACUUGCUGAUUAUGAGGAAAGGUUACGAAGACUCGAAGAAGAUAAACAUCAGUUAAGUACGUUAAAGGCUGUCCUAGAGUCUAAAAACAACAAUAUUGAAGCAGAAAUAACGACACUCCAAGACAAAUUAAAAGAAAAAGAGAAGCUCAUUAACGAAAUACAAACAUUAAAACAAAGUCAGUCACAAGAGCUAUCAGAGGUGUUACUUCAAGCAAAAGAACGUGAUGAAGAAAUUCAUGAAAUAAAAUUGCAACUUAGAAAGGAGUCAAUUGAAAAUGAAAAAUUGCAUACAUCCUUAGAGCAAAAAGAGCAAGAGUUGAAAGAUGUAGUUCAAAAAUACGAAGCUCUUACUGAAAAACUUAAUUCAAUUACCUCAGACCAAACUUCCCACAGCGAACAAUAUGUUGCGAUUGAAAAUAAGAAUAAAGAGUUAUUGGAAAAGCUGAAAAAAUAUGCUGUAAGUAUUAAAAAGAAAUCCUCAAUUAUUGCUGAGCUUGAAAGCCAGUUAAAUGAAACUCGUAAAGAACUUGAUACUCAAAAGAAACAAGCGGAAGAAUUUUCUCUAAAAGUAAAUACUUUAAACGAUAUCAACGAAAAACUAAAUAAUUCAAACACUGAAAUUAUCAGGUUACAAACGGAAAUCAAUUCAUUACAAGAGCAAAACAAAAAAUUGUUAGGAGUACAAGAAGAGUUUGAAAACUUGCGUGAGUCAAGUGUUAAUAAUUCUGAAACAAUAUUAUUAUUAAACAAAGACUUAACUGUAAUACAACAAGAAAACAGUGAACUUAAACGUCAUAUUGAACUGUUAAACAAAAAAGUAGUUGAAUAUGAAAUUGAACAAAAGAAUAAUAUUAACCUCUUAACAAAAAUAUCUUGCCUUGAAAAUGAUUUGGUAGAAAAAGAGAAACAAAUUAAUGAUUUAACAUAUAACUUGCAAAAUAAGGAGGAAAAAAUACCGCAAAUACGGAAUAGCUAUGAAGCUAAAAUUCAAGAAAGAGAUUUAUAUAUAGAAAGCUUACAAACGGAUAUGGAAAAGUAUAAAGAACGUAUCUAUAGGCUAGAACAAAGCAUAUCGGUUAUGGAAAACAGCAGACAAUCACUGGAACGUAAGGCAGACCAAUUAGAUUUCCAAUUGCAAGAUAAACAAAAGGCAUACAAUGAAUAUAUGUGCCAAGAAGACGAGCUUGUAGCAAGGCUAGCAGUACUCAUAGACCACGAUAGAGUUGUAGAAAAGCGCUUGCAAGAAAUUGAAGAAGAAAACAGGAAUUUAAAAACAAGAGUUGUGAAUUUGGACGAAGAACUACAAAAAUCACUUAAACUGUGUCAAGAACUGCAGAAUAAGAAUAAGAGUCUUAUAGAAAAGGCGCGUCUGGUAGAAGACGCGGAGACUAAGUUAUCAGAUUAUCAAAAUAAAAUUUGUGAAAUGGAAAGCACCAUCAAGCAAUUAACGAACGAAAAUCAAACACUGGACAUGAAACGCAAAACUGAGUUGGAUGAUUUGGAAUCAGAAUUCAAUAAUCAAAUGGAAGAAAUUAGUAGAGAUAAGAAAAAUUUGAUUGAAAAGUAUGAAAGGUUGUUAGAACAGAAUAAUAUACUAAACUCUGAGGUACAACAGAAUAAAAUAACAAUAGAAAACUUUAAAGAUAAUCUACACGAACUUUCAUAUCGAAAUCAAAUGUUAGAACAAGAGGCAUCUAAAUCAGUUAAACUACAAACUCAAUCACCAGAUUAUACAGAUCAAUAUAUUAGUGAAAUUAAUAAUUUAAAUUCGCAAAUUAAUCAGAGAAAUGAUACGAUAAGUGACUUAAAUACUAAAUUGCAAUUAUUGCAAACAGAUCAUUUAAGUAACGUAUCUCAAUUAAGUACUAAAAUUCAAAUUUUGGAAGAGAAAAUUGAGACUUUAAAACAGAACAAUGAAAAUCUACAAACACAGAUUUUGCAAAAAGAAGAGCAAAUAAAGCAACUGAAAGAUAAUAAGAAACUUGUGUUUGAAAUGAACAUACCAAAAACAGAAGGCAUGACAAUAUCCUCUACUAUUGAACCACUGAAUGAAGACCAACGCGAACCAAAUUUAUCCGCAAUUGAGUCUCAGAUUAUGGAUGAUAUGCAAAUAAACACAUCAAACCUAGAUUUUGCCACAAAGAAAAAUAUUGAGAGCUCACAAAAUGCUAAUUUACAAGAUGCGUCUGGUGAAGGUGGCAUAGAAUCAUUGAUUGUUGCUAAGAAAGCGUUUGUUUGUUAUAAUGAUAAUGAAGAAACUGAAAAAAUUGGCAAGGAAUCUGAUCCUUUUAAUUCUGAGGAAGGUUGGGGUCUUGAAACUAAUGAAGAAAUGCAAGAUAUAACUCCAGGGCUGUCACACCUUCAGAAAGAAAUCAAUUUAUUAAAUGAAACAAAUUCUUCGCUUAAGAAAGAAUUAGAAACCAGCAACACAAAGUUGUCUAAGGCUAUAAAAAAAUUAAAGGAAUUAAAAUCUAAAAAUGAAAUGCUCAGUAAUGAAUUAAAACUGUCUAAACAACUGUCAGAUAACUCCUUAUUGGAUUUUGCGAUUGAAAAAGAACUCGCAAGUAAUGUUGAAACUUUAGAGAAGAAAGUGGAAGAACUAAAUGUUUCAUUAAAUAAAGAAAAGAAAGAAAAUGAAGCAUUGAAAAAACAAAAUGAAGUAUUGAAAAAUGCAAAUGAUAGAUUAAUCGAAAUCAAAGAGAAAGCUGAUAGUGAAAUACAAUUAUGUAAAUAUAAUUUAAAGCAAGCUAAUGAUAAACUAUCUUCCAUGCAAUGGGGAGGCGAGAGUAAGGAACAUGGAUCACAUGAUACUGCGCAAUCCGCUUUCAAAAGUAAAAACAAAGCAAGUGAUGAAUUAAUCAAACUGGAAAAAGAAAAUGAUGAGCUACAAUCAUUAGUUGAAAAUUUGAACAUACAAAAUAAGGAAUUAUUAGAGAAGCAAAAACAGUUAGAUAUUCAAAUUUGUAAUCUAAAUCAACAGUCGCGGCAACAAAUUACUGUCAAAUGUGAUAUAUGUCAAAAACAGUUGGAAGUAGUUCAGAAGUUAACUGCAGACCUAGAAGAAAAAAAUAAAUCUUUCAAUAAAGACAUGCAAAUUAUGGAAGAGAAAAUCGAGAAAUUAAAAAAUGAAAGCGAUAUGCAACAACGUAGCUUCGAAGAAAAAUUACAGUUAUCAAAUGAAAACCUACAAAAAGUAAGAAUUGAAAAUGAUAAGUUGGUUGAACAGUUAAAUUUAUUGAAAUCUGCAGAAGAAGAAGCGAAUGCUAAAAUAUUAAAUCUUUCAUCUGAUUUGGAACUGAUUAAAUCAUCGAACAUUGCAAGUGAUAGCUAUAAACUAGAAAUUCAUACUUUAAUGGAAAGAUGUGCCAUGAUGGAAGAAACCUGUUCGAAAUUAAACAUCAAUAUUAACGAUGCUAAUAAUGAGUGUCAUGAACUGCAAAUCACCAAUAAUGAAUUAACAAAACAAUGUGCUGAAUAUGAAGCCAAAAUUUCACAACUAAAUACAGACAUAAAAAAUCUUAACGCAGAAAAUGAUCAAUUAUUGUCAACAGUUACCGAAUUACGUUCUUCUAUUUCUAGUGCUAUGGAUCAACGUGGUUUUGAAAUAGCUGAACUUUGGAAACAACAUUUGGCUCAAAGAGAGAGUGAAUUCCAAACAAUAGAACAUGAUUUAAGGAGUCAACUUACUGCUUUUCAGGAAAAAUAUGAGCAGCUUCUAGUAAAUGUGCAAUCAUCAAGUCAAGAAGAAACUAAUAAACUUGUCAUUAUGGAAAAAAUGGCAUCUCUUCAAAAUAAAAUAAAAGAAAAAGAAGAUCAUCUUAACAGUUUACAAGAAAAAUAUUCGGAAGCGGUUAAUCAACUUGAUAUUUUGCGUUCUGAAAUAGAAGACGAAAAAAUGAUUUAUGAAAAUAAGAUUCUCGUGUGCCAAGAUGAACACGAGAAACAAAUAAUUGAAAUUAGAAAUAGCUAUGAGACACGAAUAGAAGAUCUAAGAAGUGGUUAUGAGGGACAAAUAAAUGAACUUAAAAGGACUUACGAGAAAAAAAUUACUCAGCUAAUAAGCGAUCAUGAAGAAAAUAUUAAGUCAUAUAACGUAAAAAUUGAAGAAAUUCAGGCUCAACUUAUCGCGGCGAAUAUGGUUAAAAAUAAUUCCUAUGGCCAAGAUGAACAUGAAAAACUAAUUAGCGAAAAUGAAAAACUAAAAGCCGGUUUUGAAGAACAAUUAAAACCUUUAAUCGAAAAAAUAGAACAACUUCAGGCGGAACUUAUUGCUGUGAAUACAGUUAAUAGUAACCUAAAUUUAGAACUAGAAGACUUGCGACACAGACUAGAAGGACAAAUUAAAGAGUUGACUAGACAGCUGCAAAUUAAAGAUAGCGAAAUUUUUCAGAAAACGCAUGAUUUUACCAUUUCAUUGACACAGAGGAAUGAAGAAUUUGAGACUGUGAGGAAGCAGUUAAUAGACUACGAGAAGAAAAUUGAGGAUUUAACUUUCGAAAAGGAAUCAGAACUAGCCGUACUGAGGUUAAAAAUGCACGAAAUAAGUGAAAAUUCUAGUAAAGUUAAGAAAGAGAUCGAAGAAGAGAAAAAUCGAUUAUACGAAGAGUUAAAUGAAAAAAUUAUCGAAUGCACCAAUUUAAAUAAAACUAUCACUGAUUUAAAUAGAUCUUUGGAAGAAUACGUCAAUAAGGCAACAGAAACACAAAUGGUUUUAGAGAGCCAAGAAAUAGAGAUCGUAACAUUGAAAGACGAAGUCGCAAGCUUGAACGAAAUGCUAAGAUCGGCGAGCAACAAAAUCGAGAAGCACGUCACAUUCGCAUCGAACACUAAACCGGAAGACGGUAGCGACUCCCAAUUGGACAAAGAACUGCUGAACGCCGUGCCCAAAGCGGAGCUGGACCUAGCGUUGUACCUGCUGCAUCAAAGAGACGUGCGCUGCGAGGAGUUAACGAUGGAACUGACGCAGCUUCUAGAGGAGAGAGACACGUUGCAGCUUCGCCUCUCCGACAGUCUGCGCUCGUACGAGGAGUUGAGGUCGCAAAUGCACGCUAGUAAUAUAGACGUGGCUGGUAACAUAAGCACAGAAUCCGUUUCGGAGCUACCGGGCCCGAGUUCGAGCGAAAAGUACGGGGCGAGCGGCCAGUUCGUCGAGACACAUAGACACGCCUCGAGAAGCAGCAGCAUCAGCGACCCAGACGGCGGGAAGCCAAACCUACAAGCUAAGUUAUCGGAGCUGCGCGGCGUGCGGCACAGUCGCGACGUGCGUUUCCGCAACGAGAGCGAGCAACGGCAGUUGGACAUGCGGCUGAUGCAUCGCGACGUCGCCAACCUGCCGCCCGAGGCCCUCGACCAGCUAGCCCAGGCGCAGCACACACUAUCACGGGACACACAAAGCACACCCACUGUUCUUCUAAACUGGCUGCGGGGGAAGAGCACGCCUAAAGUCGUUCACAUGUAAGGUGAAACACCCUAUCGUUGACAAUGAGUUACAGGAUGUCAACAGUCGGGUAGUUUACCAUUCCGGAGAUGGCGCUUGUGCCUUUAGAGUUAGGGCUCUCGACAUCAAGCCGAUAACAGGUUGCAUGCCGCCACUAGGUCUCCAAGUGUGCGAGGGCCCUUAGGGUUAGACUGUAAAGUGCUCCAAGGCUUUAAACGAACGUGGACGGGGCGCUGCUGGUAAAGGAGAACUGUCAAAAAUUACGUUUUUGUAUGAUAGCAGCGUUAGUUCCUUUUCUCGCCACGUUCAUUUAAAGCCUUGUCGAGCUCUAAUGCAUUUAUCAUUUCGCUACAGCUGCACUGCACCAAGUACUCCAUGGUACUUACAAAUUGAUAAGUGCUAAACUUCCAAAUACAUUCUAAAAAGUAAUAUCCUGUAAAAAUUCCAAUCUUUGUAAUUAUAGUUACUUUUAGUUGUUACUCUCUAUUGGCUUAUUUUCUUGGUAGGCUAUUUUUUUUCAGA